UCAGUCUGGUUUUGUUCCGAUGGCGGAGAACUGCGCUGUACCGAGUUCCGGCUCCAUUUGCAACAUUUCGUCCCUUUCCCGCGCGCUGUCCAACACCAGGCUCGACCUGCUGGACUCGGAGAGCUCUACUGCCCGCGAUGGAGCUAAUGUGCCCCGAUCAGGCGCCAGUUUUCAGUCGCAGAGGCGCCGACUCCGCCGGCGAUCAAGCAGCUACAGCGUGGAAUCGGCGGACGGUCCAAGUGAGGUUCGAGUGUUGGUGAUAAAUACCGGCGGAACUAUUGGCAUGAUGUACAGAGAUAACGUACUUGCACCACAAUCAAACUCCCUUGUCAAAGCCCUUCGAAAAAUGCCAGGCCUGCAUGAUGAAUGUUAUGCUCAAGAAACCAAACUUUACGACUUCUGUGACUCACCAGAAAACACUUUGGUUCUUCCUCUUUGUAAGUCAAAUAAAAGGAUUGUAUAUUCAGUAAUUGAAUAUUCACCUCUUCUGGACUCAUGUAACAUGAACACAGAUGAUUGGGCUAAAAUUGCAGUCGAUAUAGAGAAUAAUUACCAACAGUACAAUGGCUUUGUGAUCCUUCAUGGCACAGAUACAAUGGCCUACACUGCUUCAGCCCUUUCUUUUAUGUGUGAGAACCAAGGAAAGCCCAUCGUCUUGACUGGGUCUCAGGUUCCCAUCUAUGAGAUGAGAAAUGAUGGUCAUGAUAAUUUGCUUGGAGCACUUCUGAUUGCUGGUCUGUAUGUAAUACCAGAGGUUAGCCUCUAUUUUCAACACAAAUUAUACAGAGGAAAUCGUGUGACAAAAAUAGAUGCUGGAAGUUUUACUGCAUUUUCUUCACCUAACCUCCGUCCACUUGUCAAUGCUGAAGUGGAAAUUAAAGUCAACUGGGACACUGUCUGGCGACCAAAUACAACUAAGAAGUUCAUGGUGCACACUAAUAUGAAUCGAAAUGUGGGAUUGUUAAGGUUAUUCCCAGGAAUCACUGCUGCUACGGUAAGAGCAUUUCUCCAACCACCAAUGGAAGGAAUUGUUUUAGAGACAUACGGAACAGGCAAUGCUCCAGAUAAUCGCCCAGAUAUGUUAGAGGAAUUUAAAAGAGCCAUUGAUCGUGGAGUAUUGAUAAUAAACUGUACUCAGUGUUUGAGGGGCUGCGUUAGUCAAUCAUAUGCAACAGGAAAGGCCCUCACAGAUGUAGGUCUUAUUCCAGGGGGUGACAUGACACCUGAAGCUGGUUUGGCUAAAUUGUCCUAUGUACUAGGCAAGGCUGAACUAAGUAUUCAGGAGAAGAAGAAGAUGCUGUCUGAAAACCUGAGAGGAGAAAUGAGUGUAGCCCUUGGGGAGGCUAAGAUUUCCCUUCGGGAUAGUCGAUUUAUUCAAGCUAUUGCCAGAUCUCUUAGUGUCAGCUGCAAAGAGGAACUGGAGGCUAUCCGAGAUGCUCUAACACCUUCGUUGGCAUGUGCUGCAGCAAAGUCUGGUGAUAUUGAUGCAUUGGAAGCUAUACUGGAUAUGGGUGGGAACCUGUGCAGUGAGGACUAUGAUGGACGAACCCCACUACAUAUAGCAGCUUGUGAAGGACAUCUAGAAGUUGUUCAGUAUCUGCUGAGUCGAGGAGCCACUGUUUAUGCCAAAGAUCGAUAUGGUGAUACACCACUGAAGAAUGCAGUAAGAUUCAGGCGCACUGAAGUUAUCAAAUUAUUGCGGCAAACUGGUGCCCAUUUCUCAGAAAAUGAAAUUAUCGAUGUGGGAACUGACUUGUGCAGCCUGGCUGCAAAUGGUGACAUGGAGGGACUGAAAGCUUGGCACCUUGCAGGAAUGGAUUUGGACCAGUGUAGCUAUGAUGGACAAAAUCCCCUGGAAGUUGCUUUGGCUGAUGGUAAUGAAGAGGUGAUUGCAUUCCUUCAGUCGGCAUGCAAGCGAAACAGGCUGCUUUAAGUGUCCACCAUCAAGAAGAUUAACAGAUUUACAUCCCACAGUACCGGCAUAAUUAAAAGCCAAUAAUAUUGUUUUACAGAAUCAUCUCUUUUAUUGCAUAAUACUACAUGUUCCACAAAAAAAGUUUUUAUAUAGCAGCCAUUAUAUUUGAAUAAUUUCCACAUUAUCAGAAUCAAGCAGUUUGGAUCAGUGACAGUGGUCUGUGUUAGAAAGUAGAAGUUCUAUUUGAAGUCAUAACCCACUGAAUGUGAAGCUGUGUGUGGAUAAUGCAAGUCAAGACUGAACUAUGUAAGGAGUUUUAACAGCAUUUGUCACUUUUUGCCCACAGUUGGGCAAAGACACAAAAUAGUAGGCAUUGCACUUUGAAUAAAAAAACAGGUUAGGAAUACUUCUUUCACUGUGUGAUUUACUUCAUGGGAAUGUUUUUCUUCACUGUCUCAGUAUUUCUUUGUAAAGCAAUAGAAAAUAAAAUACACUAUGCAUUUCUGCUUA